AUGCGAUCGCAAAUCCUUCGGUGCUUUAUUUCAGGCACGUUUCUCGCCCUGUUAUUAGCCGUUUACCUUGCCCUGUCUCUCACACAGAACAUCCGCAGUAGCGAGUUCACGGUACUUCUCAUACUCAUCAUUCUCUUCACGACGAUCUUUUUCUGCCACGGCUUGAUUCGCUUAUGCAUGCUCGUCAUUCGACCGCGAUCGGACGACGAGGCUAGGCCGCCAAUGCCGCAGCUUGUUGCUCCAGGAGGGUACGCUGUCCCACGGGAACCGAUCAGAGUGGUGUUGGCCCGUGACGAAGAGGAGGAGGGCGAGAUAAGCGAUGCAGCCAAAGCGAAGCCGCCAGCCUACGGCCUCUGGAGAGAGAGUGUGCGGGUGGAUCCCAAUAGGAUAUACUGGCAACGCAAUCCCAAUGCGACAUCAAAUGGCAGCCCGUCGAACUCUAGGGAGGUUGGCAGCGGGCCACGACCACCAUCGUAUGCAUCGGAAGACGGUGUCAGCUACGUUGUAGAUGCUCGGCCCCGGUCAAUGGCGCCAGGAAUGACCGAAGUCCUCCCACCACACCCCUCUGAGGUUGGGCGGAUGAAUGAACGACGAGGCCCAUGGUGA